AUGACCCAAAAGAAAUCACAGCUUUGUUCCAGAGCCAAUGUUUAUACUCAAGUGCCUGAUGGAGGAUGGGGCUGGGUGGUAGCUGUUUCUUUUUUCUUCGUUGAAGUCUUCACCUAUGGCAUCAUCAAGUCAUUUGGUGUCUUCUUCAAUGACCUAAUGGACAGUUUUGAUGAAUCCAAUAGCAGGAUCUCAUGGAUAAUAUCCAUUUGUGUGUUUGUCUUAACAUUUACAGCUCCUGUGUCCACUGUCCUGAGCAUUGGGUUUGGACACCGUCUGGUGGUGAUGGUCGGGGGGCUGCUGGUCAGCGUGGGCAUGGUGAUCGCCUCCUUCUCACAGAAGGUCUACCACAUGUACAUUGCCAUCGGCAUCAUCUCUGGUCUGGGAUACUGCUUUAGCUUUCUCCCAACUGUCACCAUUCUGUCACAGUACUUUGACAGAAGACGCUCUGUGGUCACGGCUGUUGCUUCUACAGGAGAAUGUUUCGCUAUGUUUGCUUUUGCACCAGCCAUCACGGCCCUGAAGGAGACCAUCGGCUGGAGGUACAGCCUCCUCUUCGUGGGUCUCCUGCAGCUCAACCUCGUGGUCUGCGGGGCGCUGCUCAGACCUAUCAUCAUCAGAGGACCCGGGACCCCCAAAACCACCGCCCACGAAAAUCGGAAAGAAGUGCAAUACAUGCUUGAGAACGAGAAAACCCGCACCUCGAUAGAUUCCAUUGACUCAGGAGUAGAACUAACUACCUCACCUAAAAACGUGCCUGGUCACACGACCGUAGAGCUCGAGCCCAAGGCCGACCUGCAGCAGAUCCUGGGCCAGCCCGGCUCCACGCCCGGCUGCCAGAAGGCCCCGCUGCUGGACUUCUCCGUUUUGAAAGAGAAAAGUUUUAUCUGCUACGCGUUUUUCGGUCUCUUCGUCACCCUGGGGUUCUUCGCCCCGUCCUUGUACAUCAUUCCCUUGGGCCUCAGUCUGGGCCUGGACCGGGACCGCGCUGCUUUCUUAUUAUCAGCGAUGGCGAUCGCAGAAGUGUUCGGGAGGAUCGGGGCUGGGCUGGUCCUGAACAGAGAGCCCAUCCGCAAGAUCUACAUCGAGCUCAUCUGUGUCGUCUUACUGACCGUGUCCCUGUUCGCCUUUACCUUUGCCACUGAGUUCUGGGGCCUCAUGUCCUGCAGCGUGUUUUCCGGGGUCGCGGUCGGGACGGUGGCGGGGACCCACAUCCCGCUGCUCGCGGAGGACGACGUCGUGGGGAUCGAGAGGAUGUCUUCCGCGGCUGGCGUCUACGUCUUCUUCCAGAGCGUCGCGGGGCUGGCUGGACCGCCCCUUGCAGGGCUGCUGGUGGACCAGAGCAAGAUCUACAGCAGAGCCUUCUACUCCUGCGCGGCUGGGAUGCUUGUGGCCGCUGUGUGCCUCGCCCUCGUGAGACCCUGUAAAAGGGGGCUGUGCCGCCGUCCCCGAGCCGGGGAAGGGAAGGCCGAGAGUCACCGUGGGAAAGCUUUACAAGACAUCCCAGAAGACUUUCUUGAAAUGGACCUGGGGAAGACUGAGCACAGAGCUCCUAUGAAAACGGAGCCCGUGUGACACGCUUGUCAUUCACACCAGCCUCCCUGGGGGCUGCAGAGGGUGGGGGACAGAGGACCCAGGGCAGCAGAGACGUGGACCACCCACCCGCUUUCCAGACUACACUCUAAAGGGAAUGUAUGCGUGAACACCACUACCAACAUCCUUCUUUUUUUUCUUGUAAGUUUACCUUUUCGCUUGUUUUUUAAGCCAAAACAAAAACCACCGAACACCCGUUCCGUACAUCAACCUGGCUGUAUUCAGUAGCAAUACGAAGAUGCACAGGACUCUCGGGUUCGCAUUCCGGUUUUAAAAGAGUGACAUGAAUUGGCAAAGUGGUUUUAAGAGCUCUCACAUGUGAUAAACUACUAUCUUGGAAAAGGACAUCUGGCCGAGGCCGUUGAAAUGAAAUUGGCCAUUCCAAAAAAAAAA